AUGUUCAAAAGCCUGCCCUUUGAUGCGCAAACCAGUUUCGAGCCGGUGGCCCUGAUCGCCGAAGUGCCGCUGGUGCUGGUGGUCCACCCCUCCAUUCCCGCCAACAACGUCAAGGAACUGGUGGCCUACCUGAAGACGCGGCCCGGCCAGCUGGCCUAUGCCUCGUCCGGCACGGGCGCGCCGCUGCACCUGGCCGGCGAGCUGUUCAAGAAGAAUGCCGACGUGGACAUCCUGCAUGUGCCGUACAAAGGCUCAGGCCCUGCCAUGAUCGAUCUCGUCGCCGGGCGCACUGUGAUGAUGUUUGACACCUUUGCCGCCACCAACCCGCACGUCAAGGCCGGCGCGCUCAAGCGCAUCGGUGUCGCCAGCCUUGCGCGCUCGAACGCGGCGCCAGACCUGCCGACCUUGCGCGAGCAGGGUUUUGCAGUCGAAGCCUAUUCAUGGAGCGGCAUCUUCGCGCCGGCUAAAACACCGCGCCCCAUCGUCGACAAACUCGCGCAGGCCUUCAACACCGCCGUCAACGACGCGGCCAUACGCCAGCGCCUGUAUGACAUCGGCUUCGACCCGGUCCGCACGUCCGGCCCGGAGCAACUCAAGGGCUUUGUGACCGCGGAGCUACGCAAGUGGUCCGACGUCGUGCAAAUCGCCAAAAUCAAACCCGAAUGA